UUUCCGCACGGUGUGAUGUGUGGUCUGCGAAGCCUUCCUAAAAAAAUUCAUGAAACAUUCGCAAAUAAUGCAACAUUUCUCAACAUAAAAUCUUCGAAUUUUACGCAGUGUAAAACCAGACCGCCGAAGUACACAGCAUGAAUUCUCCUCAUUGAGAUGGAAAGUCUAAGUACUGAGAUAAAAAUGGGACUCCAGUCCCCGGGUGUGUCCAAAAACUGACCAGAUCGAGGGAGAAACAGCAAGCAUAGACCAUCGACUUUUGCCACAACACCACAGUGCCUGAAUUAAUCCAGGUGAUUGAAGUACAAUGGGUCUAGCCACUCUACUCAAACGCCUGUCCGCAAUGGCCUCGAAUCCCCGCAGCCGCAAAAUCAUCUUCCUCGCCGUCGCUGCGCUGGUUUGCUUUGGUUACAUCGGUCCAUGGGUCAUCCACCACAACCAGACAGUCAAAGUCACUACAGGCUGUCUAACGCUAAAACUCAAGGAACUGGAAAGCGAAAUGAGCGAAGUGGAAGCUUCUAUUUACCAGGCGGAUAAACAUGAAGGCAGUGCAGAUCGUGUUAUACCGUUUGUUGGGAAUGGUAACAUUGGUCUAGUUGCCAACGUCUUAAAAGCUAAUGGAAUUAUGGUGAGAAAUGAGGAGUCAUGGAUUAAUAUAGGAUUUUACCGCCCUCUUGUGAGAGCCAAGCUUAUUGGCCUCAAGGACCAGAGCGCAACUGUUUUACACUACAAGAAAGCACAGGUGCAGAGGUACCAGUGUUACUCUGUAGAGGAAUCUUGUGUGUUGGUCAAAACGAAUACACUCGUUCAUAGAGUUAUGCCUUCCGUCAUGCUGCAAGAAAUUAUUGUAGAAAAUGAUGCCGAUCAGCCAGUCACGUUGGAACUCGCACGGAACGGUCCACACAAGUGGAAGGGCUCAGCAUCAACAAUGGAGAUGUACACAGUGAAUGGCAAGACUCGGGAGUAUGUGUUAUCCGCAGGUGAUGUCACAAUCUCGAAUCCUGCCGGUGGUAGUAGAGUGAUUGUUUUGGUCAUUGCAGCAAGUGUGUUAGAAAAGAAAAUCGUAGUGCCGUCGAAAUCGGUUCACAGAGAGCAUGUCUUGACGAUCGUGAAAUAUUCAGAUCCGGUGGGUAGCAGCUCUCCUCAACUCAGUGCGCAUUUAGUUGACGAAGCUAACGAUGAGUUUUUCAAACUGCUUCAUCGAGAUUUCUCUGAGUUGAUCCAAGAACAUGAGAGCACGUGGACGCAGCAGAUCUGGAACACGGGUCUCGUCCAAGAACCUCUUGCGAUUCCGCUCAAUCCACGCGUAGAUACUGAGGUGCAGCGACAACUGAGCCACAUUGCCGCUGUCCAUCUCUUUAACAUCCUCACAACAGCCGUGAUGUACUACAUGAUGUCCUCCAUUCAGGCGCCUUUGCUGACUCCAUCCGUCCCCAUCCAACGCAAAAAGGAAGUCAUAAUGGCCUUGCAGCAACCCGGGUCAUGCUUCAGUGGACAACCAACGCUCUUUGAAGACUCCCUGUGGCAACCUGUGAACACGGAAAAAGAAUUAGCGGACCUUCUAUCUCACUGGCAGCAUGUUUUAUACAAGCACGGCUGCCAUAGCCUUCUAUCCGUCGGAGUAACUGGUAUCAUGCAAGCGAUGAUGUUGAGUUUCCUCGCCGGGCAAUUCACCGAACGUGAGCUCUCCUUCCACGCCGAUCCGCUGCUAUUCCGCAACAAAUUCCAUCUGCAUAAUAUAUUUUACAACACGUCCUUCCUGCACAUUGAUAUCAAUCCCAAUCCGGGCGAGCAAGGGAUCUUCAUCAGCACCACCAGUAUACAGGCUAAGGGCGUUACGCCCAUAAAACUUUACGCCUGCGGAACCGGGUGUGAGGGCACACCCAUACUCCUCACCGCUUCUAUGCAACAAAUCCCUUUAAAAUGGACCGAGCCGCAAACCCCGUUUCUUUACAUCUCGCACGACGUGAAACACUUAGCGUACUUGAAGCAGAAGAUCAUCCACUUCAAACAUCUGUAUGAGUUAGACGGGGCAGCGGUGAAUGCUCUGAUGCCAGUCAUUAUCGACAACAAAGACAAGCAAGGCUUCCAGAUGCCUGUCAUUGUCUGGGUCAUUAUUAUUGUCUGUAUUUUAAUCUUCCACAUGUUUCUUUUGAAUCUGGUGUAUAGGGAAUAUUGCUCAGGGUCCUCAGGGGUGAAGCUCUCAGAGAAAACCAGCAGGGCGUGAUAUCAACAUGCACAUCAGGCAUAAUAUUCUUCUUAGUUUAGUCUGAUUUGUUUGGCUCUUACAAAAAGUUAGAAAGAUUGUGAUUAAAUUGCCUGAAAAGUCUAUAGGCCCUAGACCCUAUGCAAAACGUGUACGCCACGCGGGUCUCCUGUUUGCCAUUUUGGGUGUCAAAAGGAUGGUACACAUGUUUAGGCACCUCGGAACAAUUAUGCGUGUCAAACACCUUUCUGGGGGAGUCCAUUCCUUUGUGCAUGUUUUGACACCCGAAAUGGUGGACAGGAGACACGCAUGUACAUGUGCUGCGCGUUGUGAAUAGGGUCUCUUGAAGCCUACACUGAGAUGACAUGUACAAUAAGUCGGCCCUUUCACUUAAUACAAUUUUCCUAUGUUUUGCCAAGGAUGCCAGAUGUUUGACUCUUUCUUGGUGGGGCAAUUUGCUCUUUUUCUGCAUGUACAGUGCAUCGGCAAAUUGGGCACUGCUGGACUAAAUGGGUGUUGGGUUUAUUUUCAAUGCAUUUUGUACUUGGCAGCGGGUUGGUGGUGGGGUAUAAUGGGUGUGUGGUGGGUACAAGGUACAAGGUAUAUUGGCCUCCUAUUACUUGCCCAGAAGACAUGGAAGAAGGCCUGACGAGGUGCUCUUUUGUCUGGUAGCCUACAUGUAUCUAAGACAUUAUCUAGUACAUGUAUAUGGGGUCAUACAUGUACCGGUAGGUUCGAAUUCCACUUGAUUUUUCCUAAAAUAAUAAACAAAGACCAGUCCUCUCACUUGGUGUAUCUCAACGUACGCAUAAAAUAACAAA